AUGUCUGAACCGGAAACCAGCCUACACUGUCAUGCCGAUGCAGAUGCUCAUUUCAGGCGUAAGCCAUCGGCUUUCCGCUCCACGAUUUCGCGAGAUCCCGAUGCAGAGUUUCCGGCGCAGGAAAAUCGCUAUGUUUUGUACCUGAACUAUGGGUGCCCGUGGGCACACCGGACAAAUCUAGGGCUAGAGGGUUGGUUCUUCUUGACUCCAAUUAUGAAGGCCGAUACACGGUCCCCAUGCUGGCUUUGGGACAGUCAGAAGGAAACGAUCGUUAACGACGAGAGUGGCGAGAUUAUUCGCAUGUUUUAUACUGAGUUCGACGAGCUGCUGCCCUACGAGCUACGCGAGGCCAACCAUCCCAGUGGAGGUUAUUUCCCUCCACACCUGAGAGUCGAGAUAGACGCGAUGACCGAAUAGAUAUGUGAUCAAAUCAAUAACGUGGUGUACAAGACCGGGUUCGCCACGACGCAGGAGGCCUAUUUAGCGAGCCUAUAUCCGCUGUUUGGAGCGCUGGAUCGAGUUGAGGCUCAUCUGGCUGAGCCGGGUCAUCACCCUACCUCU